AUUACAGUGUGGUACACCGGAAGUGAAGUCAUACGGUGCGUAGCUGUUGAUUUAACGCCAUGUCGGUUAGGCAGUAGCGCGUUACCUACAUCGAAUAUAUUUGUUUCAAAUUAAAUCAACAUGCCGAAAGUCGUGUCGAGAAGUGUUGUGUGCUCAGACACGCGAGACCGAGAGGAGUACGACGACGGAGAAAAGCCUCUCCAUGUCUACUACUGCCUGUGCGGCCAGAUGGUGCUGGUCCUGGACUGCCAGCUGGAGAAGCUCCCCAUGAGGCCCCGAGACCGAGCCCGGGUGAUCGACGCCGUCAAACGCGCGCACAAAUUCUGCAACGUGGAGCAGGACGAGAACACGUACAUCAAGAGAGCCGAGGGCAUCGAGAGGCAGUACCGCAAGAAGUGCGCCAAGUGCGGCUUGCUGCUCUUCUACCAGCACCAGGAGAAGAACACCCAGGCCACCUUCGUCGUGGAAGGAGCGGUGGUCAAAUUCGGACAGGGGAUCGGGAACACCAGUAUGUACAGUCAAAAGCAGCCUGAGGCACCCAAGAAGGUCCGCGUGAUGAUGACGAAGCGAACCAAAGACAUGGGCAAGUUCAGCUCCGUCACCGUGUCCACCAUUGACGAGGAGGAGGAGGAGAUCGAGGCCAGGGAGGUGGCCGACUCCUACGCCCAGAACGCCAAAGUGAUCGAGAAGCAGCUGGAGAGGAAGGGCAUGAGCAAGAGGAGGCUGCAGGAGCUGGCCGAACUGGAGGCCAAGAGGGCCAAGAUGAAGGGCACCCUGAUUGACAAUCAGUUCAAGUAGAGAAGGCCUGAUGAAGGACACGAACUCUGUGAAGAGACUUCAACUGGGGCCAUACAAAAGGCACUUGUGGUGGACAUUUUGGUUAAAAUUUCAUUUUGUAGGGUAGCACAGUGGUGUACUGCUGGUGAGUGAGUGCUUGCAUGGCUUUUCUCUGGGUACACAGGCUUCCUUCCACUUUCCAAGUCAGGCAUGUUAGGUUCAUUAAAGAUUAAAUUGUACACUGGUUUGUCUAUAUGUGCCCUGGUGACCACUUCACUGUGUACUCAAUUGAGGAAAUCAAUGUUAUUUUGUAUUUCUACCAAAUAAAGUUUAAAAAAAAACAAAAAACGUUUUUUUUAAAAAUUCAAGAAACCCAGACUGACUUUUUAAGUGUUAAAACCACAAAUUCAAACUACGCCACACUGUUACUGCCGUACUUUUUUUUAUUUUUUUUAUUUUUACUUGAUGUGAGUGUUUUUCAUGUAAAUAUUUACUGUAAUUAUGACUUUACUACUGCAUUAGCAUAGGAUAGUGAUAGACUAUAGCUCCAUCAUAAAACGAGGACCCCAGUAGUAUGUUGUCACAA